GCUAUUUUACUACUGUUUGGUCUUCUUCUAAGGUCUCAAUAUCCAUUUUUAUUGCCGAGUCCAUUGCACCGUUCAAAGCCUUACAUCUCUCUCUCUUUCUUGAUUUAUGGCCAAGGGAAUGAGCAGUGGACUCUCCAUUGAUUCAGAUCUAAUCACUUCUACUUUCUUCUUCCACAAUCCCACUGUGCUCAAUUCUUUCUCUCAAGAAAAUUUCAAGAAUCCCAACAACUGUAAUAACCUCACUCUCAUGGAUGCUUCUGCUUCUGCUUCUGCUUCAAGGUCUCCUCCUCCCACUAUUCAAUUCCCAGUCAAUCUUAAUUCCACCACUCUUCACAAUCAUGAUGAUGAUGAUGAUGAUGUUUCUUUACCUUCUGAUGACAAUAAACGGAUGGUCAUCGAUGAGAUGGAUUUUUUUGCAGAGAAACAGCAUGAUGAUGAUGUUAAGAAUUCUAAUUCCUUAUCCCAUGAUUUUAAAGACCCUAAGAGUCCUACUCGAUUGGAGUUUGACGUAAACACCGGUUUGAAUCUCCUUACUACCAAUACUAGCAGUGAUCAAUCGAUGGUGGAUGAUGGAAUAUCGUCGAACAUGGAAGAUAAAAGAGCUAAAAGUGAGCUCGCAGUUCUUCAAGCAGAGCUGGAGCGAAUCAAAGUGGAGAACCUACGAUUAAGAGAUAUGCUAAAUCAGGUUACCAUCAAUUACAAUGCGUUACAGAUGCAUUUAGUGACAAUUAUGCAGAAUCAAAAGCCUCGAGAGAACAAUGAAGAGCAUGAGCAAGAUGGGUUAGACAGAAAACUUGAAGAAAAUAAGAAACAUAGCGGAAAUGGAGCAGUGGUUCCUCGACAGUUCAUGGAUCUUGGUCUGGCUGCUGCUGCCCCUCCUGGUGGUGGUGGUGGUGGUGACACUGAUGAGCUUUCUUUAUCAUCAUCGGAAGGAAGAAGUGGCGAUCGGUCAAGGUCACCGGGAAAUAAUGAAGACAAUCGAAAUAAUAAUGAAGAUGGGAUGGUGUUUGAUCAAGAAAAGAAGGGGAAUGUUGGUAGAGAAGAUAGUCCAGAUCAAGGAUCCCAAGGUUGGGGUCCUAAUAAGGUUGCUAGAUUUAAUUCCAAUAAAAGCAGUGUUGAUCAGACAGAGGCUACAAUUAGAAAGGCUCGUGUGUCGGUCAGAGCUAGAUCAGAGGCUCCUAUGGUAAUCAAUGGCAAUUUGAGAUUAGUUCUAUGGCUGAAAUUUAACCUUUCUGAAUUGAUUUUAAUUGGGAAAAUUGCUGAACCUUUCUGUCAGAUAACUGAUGGAUGUCAAUGGAGGAAGUAUGGACAGAAGAUGGCCAAGGGAAAUCCAUGUCCUCGAGCUUAUUAUAGAUGCACAAUGGCUGCUGGUUGCCCAGUUAGAAAACAGGUACAAAGAUGUGCAGAAGAUCAGACGAUUCUUAUAACGACAUAUGAGGGAAACCACAACCACCCUUUGCCUCCAGCCGCCGUGGCAAUGGCAUCGACAACUUCAUCGGCGGCAAGAAUGUUACUGUCAGGAUCGAUGUCUAGUGCUGAUGGAAUAAUGAACCCAAAUUUCCUGACCAGAACACUCCUACCAUGUUCCUCUAGCAUGGCAACAAUAUCAGCUUCAGCCCCAUUUCCAACUGUUACAUUAGACCUAACCCAAAAUCCAAACACAAACCCAUUACAAUUCCAAAGACAACCAAGUCAAUUCCAAGUCCCAUUUCCAAACCCAUCUCAAAAUUUUGCCAAUUCUCCAGCUGCAGCAUUGCUGCCUCAGAUUUUUGGACAAGCUCUUUACAAUCAAUCUAAGUUUUCUGGGCUGCAAAUGUCUCAAGACUUGGAAGGUAAUAAUAAAUUAGGCCACCAAUCUCAAGCACCAGCAGCAAUCCAUCAGCAGCAAGGACAGCAAAAUUCAUUGGCCGACACAGUCACUGCUGCAACUGCUGCCAUUGCAGCUGAUCCCAAUUUCACUGCAGCUUUGGCAGCUGCAAUUACUACAAUAAUUGGAGGUGGUGGUGCUCAACCCUCCAAUAUAACUAGUAGUAGUGCCGCUUCUAACACCAACCUCCUAAACAUCAGCAAUUCCAAUGGCACUAUAUCUACUACCAUCACCAAUGGCAAUGGCAACAAUAAAAUCAACCAUUCAAGUUUUCAAGGAAAUUGAUGACAAAUAUUUUUCCUUUUCCUUCCUAUAAUUUCCUUUUUUUUAAUUUUUUUUUUCCCUUUUUCCCUUUCUGAUAGGAGGAAAAAAGACCCAUAUGAUUACACAAUUGUUCAUUAUAUUCUUUGUUAUUUGAAUAAUUUGUUUGCAAUUGUAUGUCAAUAGAAAGUUAUUUAAAAGGAAUAAAAAUAGAGAAAAGAAAAGUGAAGAAUAUCAAAAAGAAGUCGUUCAUUAUGCUUUA